ACACCGCUUCACAUGGCCGUACGAAGAGGUUCUGUGAAGAUUGUGGAGCUGCUCUUGCAGCACGGCGCCGAUUGCAAUGCCAGAGACGCGCAGAGUAUGACGCCGUUGGCUCAUGCUAUUAUCGGGAACCACGAGAGUGUGGCCGACAUGCUGUUGUCACGUGGCGCACAAGUGCUGGCCAUGGACGAUCAGCAACGAUCUGCGCUCCAUCUGGCCGUAAUGCAUCGUCGCGAACGGCUCUUGAGGACUUUGGUCUGUCAU